AUGUCAGCUGCUGGAACAAAACGAGUCAACACAAAGACUGGACCGGUUCACAGAGAUGUUUCGGUUAAGCAGACCACUAUCAGGGGACCUUACGGUAAGAGCCCAGGAUGCACAACGAGCUGCGGAUUGAGGUUACCAAGGAAAACAGAAGUCACAGCAGCAAAGUUGAUCAAGCAUAUUGGCUGUAAAUUUGCAAAAGGUUUACGUCUGGUUGUUAUGAGGAAGAAGAGAAAAUCUCCACCGUCGAAGGUACCUUCUUCUUCUUCCUCUGGAAAAUCUCGGCCGUCGAUCAUCCCUAUAAGCAAUGACAGUCAUAGAUCAGAGGCCAUAGAAGACUGCAUAGAGUUCAUCAACUCAUCAUCCUCCUUCACCAGAUCAAACUCCACUUGUUGA